UUAUAAGCUCAGGAGGGAGGUCGGAUCCAUUGCUUUGUCUCUGCCCAUUCGCAUACUGCUCCCGCCUCGAGCUCGCAAAGGGACGGAUCUUUGCUAUCGUCUUCGACAGAAGACGCUUGCGGUCGACCACCGCGACUAAGGAAGAGCACACGCCUUCCAACCCGUCGCGCAUCGUCUUCAAAUUAUCACAGCGUACACUGUUAUAUUACCCUUCUACUUUGCUGGCACGCAGUCGUACAGGCGAAUUGGGAGAAAUGGCCUCAGCAGGCGCCAACACGGCGUAUAAUGCGCUUGCCGAGGCAUACUGGGAAGAGCAGCGGGUGCAUGCGCGUGAGCUUGGGCACAAGCGCGAGCAGCAACAGCCUAGUUCGUCGUCGGUCAAGCUUCAAGAUGAGCAACAACUUACCCCAACCGGCCGCAAGCCUGUGUCGAGAUCAAGGAAGGCUAUAGCAGCAUGCACGGGAGCUAUCACGACUUCGUUUUUGAUGACCCCAUUCGACGUAGUCAAGACUCGCUUGCAGAUGCAAACACCUCCCGAAACCCUCUUCGUACCUUCACAACAUCUUCCUCCGCCGACCCUGUCUGCGAAUGCCGGAACGGCUGGAAUGUCCGAAAAAGCGUUUGGGAAACAGCGCGCUGUUCCGGCGCUGUCUGCCUCAGCGGUAGCAGCCUCCUCCAGCAAUCCAGCAACGUGCUGCCAGCCAACAUUCUUUCUCGACAAUGCUCAGAAGGACUCUUUGGCUUGUCGGUACGACCCUCGCCUUGAUCGCACGACAUCCUCCUUUCAAGCUCUUGCUGGUAGUCAUGCAGGGGUAUCAGGAAGCUCCUCGACAUCGGUUGCGAGCGCAAGUGGCAGGCUGACUAGACAAGCAGCUACAUCUUCGUAUCAGCUCUACUCCUCCACUUCCGUGCCGCAGCAUCUGCCACGCAACAUGAAAUCAGCCUCCACCUGCGCCUUUCCGGAUCGAGCGAUAGCUCAGCGCAUACUGCAGACGGCCGGGCCGCUCGCCUAUCUUGAUGUCGCUGCCACAGCGCCGCAAGCUACCACAGGAGGAGCCGACGCAAAACCUUCAUGGUCGCGGCUCGUCUCGGCGCUUCAGCAAGGAGGGCACAGUCGCCGUGCGGCGACCUCAUCUUCCUCAUCCACCUCAUUCACUACACCUUCUACCUCUACCCGCCUAACGGGCAUACGCGAUGGCUUUGUCCAAGUUGGAAGGCGGGAAGGGAUCAAGGGGCUCUGGCGCGGCCUCACACCAACGCUGGCCAUGACCAUCCCGAGCCAGGUGACGUACAUGACAUGCUACGACUUUUUCCGUGCCUUCUUCCUCUCGCUCGAAAAAGAAGAGCGCGCCGCUGUGCGAAACCGUGCAACUUAUGUGGCGGUUGGUGGCGCUAACAAUAGCAAUUUGCAGGGCGUAACGACGCACACGUUGCUCGCGUCACUUGCAGCAGGCGCCUUGUCGCGCGCGCUAUCCGCUACGCUCGUCACGCCACUUGAGCUCGUGCGCACGCGUCUCCAAGCUUCCUCGUCCUUAUCGUCGUCCAACUCACUCGGCGCGACGCUCACCUCGCUGCGCGCCCAGGUAACGCGCGACGGCGUCACGGUUCUCUGGCGCGGCCUCGGCUCCACCCUCUGGCGCGACGUGCCCUUCAGCGCGAUCUACUUUACUGGGUACGAGGCCAUGAAGCGCGCCCUUACCGGCGGCGGAUUGGGCGAAGGGAAUGCAAAGGGACAACGCGAAGAGUUCAUCGUCGCCUUCGUCAGCGGCGCAACGUCAGGAACUGUCGCGGCCAUUGCCACGCAUCCGUUCGAUUUAAUUAAGACUCGACUGCAAGCCAGCGCAGGCAACAGUGACACUGGAAAUGGCACAGAGAGAGUUGCGCAGCUGCAGGCCCAGCGCCCGCAACGCAAUGCGAGCGCUCGCACAGUUGCCAUUCUGCGCCACAUUUACACGAUGGAGGGUAUGCCUGGUCUCUUCCGGGGCCUUUCUCCUCGCGUGGCAAAAGUUGCACCUGCAUGCGGAGUCAUGAUUGCUUCGUUUGAAGUCGUCGGACGCUUUUUGGCUGACCUGUAGAGCAAGAUCCAUUGUAUGCAUACAUCGAGUCAGAGCACAGU